CUGAGGAAGAGGUCAUAUAACUGGCCAUAAACCUGCAAGAGUUGUCAACACUGUUACUGCUUACAGGUUAUAAUCUUCUCGAUAGCCGUGCAGGAAGAGUCAGCUAGGAAACCACUUAGAAGAAAUCCAUGUCUGUGUGUCUGCCACAGCCAGAGGGAGAAAACAUGAUUACUGCCAGGAAGAGAUUCAUUGAGAGGUUGGAUCAAGCCAUGGCUAAUGCUGAAAAGAGGGCCCCAGCGGACCUGCUAUGGUCCUAUAAAGGGGUUUUGUACCCAGCUAUCCAUUGCAGCGUGGAAACUUUCCAAGCUCUUGAGUCCUUUGAAGCAAGGAGCGAUGAUGUGUUACUAGUGGGAUACCCUAAAACCGGUACUAAUUGGCUUAUCCACAUCUUGAGGGACUUGGUUACAAGAAGUACAAAGAAAAAUGAAGAAAUGAGUAACAGCAUGAAACAGGAUGAAGAAAUUGCUGAAUUUACAUAUCUUGAAUUUGGAGAUCCAGGGAAGUUUCAGAGGAUAAAGAAAUUACCUUCCAGAAGAGUUUUAGCAACACAUGUUUUUCCUCAUAUGCUACCAACAUCUAUUUUCAAGAAUAAUGUCAAGAUAUUGGUGCUGAUUCGAAAUCCAGAGGAUAUAUUAUGUUUACAAUUUAUGAAGAACUGAAAGAGAACCUGAUUUUGGGAGUGAAAAAAAAAUAGCUACAUUCUUUGGGUUCUCCAUGACUGAUGAAGAGAUUCAAACUGUUGCUGAGAGGAG